CUAGAGAUUACAGAUAACCCCUAGUAGGGCUGGGGUUUUGUUGCGUUGCCGUGGCGGUGUUUCGGUGCGGUUUUGCUGUUCCAGGGGUUUUUAGGACGAGCCCCGCAGCCCGUUCCGCCGGGCCCGUUCGCGCUGCAGUGACGGGCGGGGCUGGGCAGCGCCAGCGCCCGGUCACUCGCGGUGCUCCGGGCUCGCUCCGUGCGCCCAGUGCCCCGGCUGGACCUUUGUCCCCUCUCCUUCCGCUUAAAACCGGGCAGAAUCACCGGGAGCCGACAGGGUGCAAGGAUGUCUCCGCUGAGCCCGAUCGCGGUGCUUUGCGCCGUGCUUUGCAAAGCCGCGCUCCUGGUGAGCGGGACAGAAGGACAGAGUGGUGCUGAGCCAGAGGUGACUAUUGCACUUGGACGGCUCAAAGGAACACAGACAAAUGUGAAGGGGACUGACAAGCUUGUGAAUGCUUUCCUUGGAAUUCCUUUUGCAAAAGCCCCUCUGGGACCUUUGAGGUUUUCCCCACCUGAACCACCUGAACCCUGGACUGGUGUGAGAGAUGCAACUUCUCACCCACCACUUUGUCCUCAAGAUCUAUCCAUGUUGAAAAUAGCUGAAAAAAACUUUAAAGAAAAACACAUUGCAUUCCAAACUUCUGAGGACUGUUUGUAUCUGAGUGUCUACAGCCCUGCUGGCUCAAGCAAGAAGGACAAGUUACCUGUAAUGGUGUGGAUCCAUGGAGGCAAUUUUAUAUUUGGUGGUACUGCUCGGUAUGAUGGCUCUGCACUGUCAGCCUAUGAGAAUGUUGUGGUGGUAAUAAUUCAGUACAGACUGGGACUCCUUGGAUACUUCAAUACUGGUGACGAGCACGCCCGGGGGAACUGGGCAUACUUGGAUCAGGUGGCAGCUCUUCGGUGGGUCCAAGGAAAUAUUGAGCACUUUGGUGGAGACCCAGCAUCUGUCACUCUCUUUGGGAUAUCUGCAGGAUCUUGCUCUGUUUUUGCACAUGUGUUAUCUCCUUUAUCUAAGGGUCUCUUUCAUAAAGCAAUAUCAGAGAGUGGAAUUAUAAUUCCUCCCAGUAAAGAUUUACAUCUUUCAACAGAUCUUGAGAAAAUUGCCAAUACCUUCAAGUGUGAGGCGAGCAGUUCCCUCUCCCUGCUGAACUGCUUGAGGAAGCAGGAAGCAGAGCACAUAAUCCAUAAAAGCAAGGAAAUCUCAUUUUUACCCUUAGUUUUGGAUGGAGUGUUUCUUAAUAAGCCACCUGAAGAGAUAUUGGCUGCAAAAGAAUUCAAUGCAGUCCCCUACAUGAUAGGAGUCACCAACAAUGAAUUUGGCUGGAAUAUUAGAUCGACAUCAAAAAUGAAAAGUUUGAGGGAAAUAGGAGAUAGAAAAUCAAUUGCCUCAACUGUAGAAGUUUUCCUACCAAUGAUUGAUGUACCCUCAGAUUUUCUGCCCAUGAUCUUGGAUGAGUAUCUGGGAGACACAGAGGACCCUGCAGAGCUCCGGGACGGAUUCCUGGACCUGCUGGGGGACAUGGCAAUUGUCAUGCCAGCCAUUAAAGCACUGAAUUAUCAUAGGGAGUCUGGAGCUCCUACCUACUUCUUUGAAUACCAGCACCGGGCAAGUGCAUUCAGGGAUAGCAAACCAGACUAUGUGAAGGCUGACCAUGGGGAUGAAGUUGGUUUUGUCUUUGGGGGGCCGUUUCUGGCCGGGGACAUCCAGCUCCGCAGUGAAGUUACAGAGGAAGAGAAGAACCUCAGCAGAACUCUGAUGAAGUACUGGGCUAACUUUGCUCGAAAUGGAAAUCCUAAUGGAGAGGGUCUGGUUGAAUGGCCAUCUUACAACCUAAAUGAAGAAUACUUGCAGAUAAAUCUACAGCAAAAGAAGGACAGAAAGUUGAAAGAAAAGAAAGUAGAAUUCUGGAAAAAAGUGAUCCUUGAAAAGACAAAUAAGAAAAGCACACAAAACAUGAAGUUUAAAUUAGAGUUAUAGUUUACAGUCUAAACAUGCACAUAAUUUGCAAAUUAUUAGGAUAUUUUAAUAAAAUACCUGAAGUAUAUUUGAGGAUAAAAAAUACAUUUCCCUUCUUUUCACCUUUUCUUCCUAGUUGUCAUACUUGCAAUUAUUCACUGUAAAAAGUCCAGUUGAUCCUCACUUGUUAAAUACAGCUACCAGAUUUCCCCAAUGCUCAGGUUUUUCUGUCACUUCCCCAUGCCUGAAGACAGAAAGUAGCAGCAAUGUUAAUAAAGUGAAAUCAGUGCAGACCCAA